AUGCCCACCGGCACAGAUAGGACAUGGGAUCAACGAUUCCCAACACUUGCGAGGAAUCUCCUCGUAAGCUGGCACCUGGCAGCUGAGCAUGGCCUCAAAAAGAAGAGAAAGAGGGUUUCAUCAUUGCCUGGUCUUGGCGUAUUGGAAUUGCCAAGGUUGUCACUCACAUUUCCAAUGAAUAUUGGCCUGUUCCUGGGUCUACACGUAAAUACCUAUGCGGAUGCUGAUCCCACCGUUCCAAUACCCCACGGUUCGAAUCUUCCCAUCUCCAAAAUAAGAGACUUCUUUUUGGUUUCGUCUAUUGAGCCAGGGUUGAAAUGGACAUGGCAAGGGCUUCUACAGGUACAGUUGCCAAGAAAUCAAGAACUCAAGAAGUAUUGGACCGUAUCUAUCGCCCAAAAUGCCCUUCAACGCCAAGAUAGAAAGAAGUAUAUGAAAGUGAGAAGAGAUACAGAAAUGUAA